ACUUUUACUGAUAUUUAAAUCGUUUUUGUUGAACUUCAAUAAACUUUCAGCUAUCAUUUAAUAUUUGCACGUUCCAUAAUUUCUGCUCACUUUUUCGAAAAUUCACCGAAGAGAGCGACAAAUAAUGCAAUUUGCAUAUUUUGACAUCCACCAUUGCCCGGAGGCUUAAGAAAUUCGUACUGCAGCAUAAUUUUCCGUAGCUCAGUCUGAUCGAUGGUAUGGAUUGGCCGUUUUGUAGUAGUUGAAAAGGUUGGAGAACUUUUCUGAAGGAUCUGUCGCAGGGAAAACAUUUGGUCGGUUGUAGAUGUUUCUCCAAUAAUCCCCACUUGAUAGCAUCCUGCAACAUCUAGAGCAACUCACGCAAGGCGGGCCUUAUAGGAAUGUGAUGGCACGAAAGGGGGACACAAUCCAGACUGACGCUCGUUUUUGUACAAUGAGUAUAUAAUGUGAAAUUUUCAUUUCUUUGGUUGUAUUUUUUGUUUAAAAAGCUUAUAAUCAGUCUACCGAAGAUACCUAGCCACUUUUUAAAUAUAAUAAUUUAUGUGCAUUUUCUACUCAGUUUUCCUUAAGAUCAAGCUUUAUAACAUCUUAGUGAUGACCGACUACAAUUUUGAAGCAGAUCUUAAUGUUUCGAUAUUGCGCUUAAUUACUCUUUCUUGUUCUCUUACAGUCGUAAAGAAAGAUUAAUGUAAUUUAUGGCCGUAUUUUCUGUUUUACCGUAACAUCUCGAGCAAUAAGUUUAUGGUUUUGUCUGGAUCUGAUACGGUUCUAGCUUCGACGGUGUGGUAUACGUAAAGCGUAUAAUGAAAGAAAAAAGUAAUGUAAAAAACACUAAUGCUCCAAACAAUAUGGAAACAGACAAACGGUUUAUGUAAAAGCAACGGUGAAAUCCGAUUAUAGCGGCUUUCAUGGCGUAUAUUAUAAAGCAAAACAAAAAUACAUAAAUGGAAAUAGAAAAAAAGAGCGCAAAAAAUUGAGUAGAAAAAAAGGAAAAACGGAAGAAUAUAAAUAAAACAAUAAUUUGGUACCUUUUCUUCCCAUUCGGAUGAUUGGAUUGGCCAUGAGUGGGGAAAGUAGGUGGCUCCCCCUAAGCCGUCGGUGGUACCGUCGGAAGGGGGAAUAUUCUGGAAAACUUUUCAAAUAUAAAAUGAAAUCCAUUAUGUGAUGAUUUAUCUGUUGUCAUCAGUGAAUGUGGCCGUACCGUGGGCUUUUGUUUUCGUUUUCGAGGAUGGAUUGGGAUGUUUUGGGGAAAGGGAAAUCAGACUGCAAACUCCUUCUUUGCCGUGGAUAAACAAAAGGCAAGCAUCGACUCUGCUGAGGAUGGAGCAUCAACCACUGGUGGAAUGUGAAGCGCAGUUCCGAUGUUUCGCAUUACGCAAAGCCUUUUCCAUUUUUCGCUGCUUCUUUCGAUUCGAUGGAAAGAAAAAGGAGCGAAGAACCCACUUGCCGGUGGUUGUUCAUUGUCUGUAAAGUUUGUUCGUUCGUAAAAGAUUGGAUCAAGCAGAUUAGGAUGCAGCUGAGAAGAUGGCAAAGCUUGGGAAAUCUGUUUCGUACGGGACGGGGGAGGUAUGUUUUUCCAUUGCCGGUGUGCUUUCUCUUUAUCGAAUGAUCGUUAAAAGCGACCGAGGUUUAGGCAAAGUUUUUCCCUUAAUCUUAACCAACGUUCCAACGUUCGCUUCAGUGUCGCACAUUCAGGUCCGUUUGUCGCAGAUCUUCGCGAUGCCCUGCCACCCUUUUGUUUAGUUGUUUAGGUUUGCUGCAGCACUAGUUUCCACCUGGCAAAGUAAACACGUCAACCAGCACCUCGCAACGACAAAAAAAUUAAGGAAAAGGAAAAGGAAUUAUAUAUUUUUAAUAUGCAGUGCCAAUGGAAGCUUGGCACGCUAGCCUGCUCAGCGGAUGUGUAGAAAAACAUGACACGAACAAGUGGACCGGUGCUACCGAACUAGGGAAAUAACAACUGCACAAACACAAAAAAGAGUUUGACGACAGGCCCGACCGAAGUAAAUCCUGCAACGUUAAGGGGGGAAUGGUUCAAAAAGUUAGGCAUAGUUGGGUGGAAAAAAGUUGUCGCAUUCGAGAUCCAAAAACGCGACCCGAAAGGUGGUAAAUUGAAUGUACCGUUGUGGGAUAGAAGUUAGUCUAGCCAUGGCUUUCGUUAGGGAUGGAUAGUUAACCAGCUGGUUGGUCUGAUGGUGUAAAGAUCUGGUCCUUCCGUAGGACAUCGCCUGUAACGUAUAUCCCUGGUGGAUGGUCGGGACAAGCUCACCCGGUUCGGGAAUCUGUGUGUACUUAACUGCUUAGUGAAGAAUCUCGAGAUUUAAAGAGGUUUUGUGGGAUAGAGCAGGAGAAUUGAGUUGGGAGUUGGGAAAACACACUUCCAUAAAAAUGGCUUCACCAGCCUCGUUGGCCAGCUACGACAGUGAUGGCAGUGAAAAUCGGAUCUCCUCGAUGCAGAAAAUCGGCAAAGGAGAACCGGUGGACAACGAUGAGUUCGACACGUGGAUGAAGUCGAAGCAGCUGCUAAAGCCGGAUGAUCAGCUCGACCUGACCGAGGCAGAGCUGGGCGAAGAGAUCCCCAAGCUGCUGUCGACGGAGAACAGGCAUCUGCCGCGCAAUCUGGUCGUGUACGACUUCCGGGAGGGUGCGUUCCUGCCCGUACCACCGCCGGAGAACACGAUAACGCUGCUAGAGUUCGAGGGUACCUCCAUCCACAAGGACACCGAUGAGGCGAAGGAGCAGAUCUCGCGCAAAGGCACCGACGAGUUAAAUGUCACCCUGGACAAACCGAAGGAAACUCUCGCCGAAGACCAGGAGGACACGAAAAAGCCCGACACACCGGAAACUGGUGACGGCGAAGAGGGUGAACGAGAUGAAGAUGAAGCCGAAGCUGAAGGCGAAGGUCAAGAGCAGGAGGAAGAAGUACAGCCACCACCAGAGGAGGAGGCACCGAAGAAGAAGCUUACGAAUCAGUUCAAUUUUUGCGAACGAGCCGCCUUGACGAUAGCAAAUCCAUCAAGGUCAGUGGACACGCAAACGAUUCCACCGCCGAGAUCUUCAUAUGGCGCAAGCGUACUCCAGUGGGUGAUCUACGAUUCGUACAUCGAGGACUAUGCACAGCAGCAACGGGAGAAGGAACGCGAGAAGGAGAAAAAGCCAGGACUGCAAAGGCGUGACGAGAAGAGUCGCAAGGACGAGAAGGCAAAACAGGCGGAAGAGUUCAACAAGCGGUAUCUGCAGGCGUGCCAGAUUAUUGAGCGUAUGGUAAACCAGAACAUAUAUGACGAGAUCGCCCAGGACUAUCGCUACUGGGAGGAUCCAUCCGAUGAGUUCCGUGAGGAGGAGGGCACGUUGCUACCGCUGUGGAAAUUUUCCUACGAGCGAACGAAGAAAAUGUGCGUUACUGAUCUUUGCUUCAAUACGCUGUACUACGACUUGUUUGCCGUCUGCUUCGGUACACUGGAUUUUAUGAAACAAAAUGCUGAGGGAGCCGUUUGCCUAUUUACAAUAAAAAAUCCUUCCUUUCCGGACUACAGAAUUGCAACCGAAAGUGGUGCAAUGUGCUGCGAUAUUCACCCGAAGUAUCCGUACUUGAUCGCCAUUGGACUGUACGAUGGUAAUGUGAUCGUUUACAACCUACAGGUUGGAACGAAAGAAGGUCCCGUGUAUAUCUCCCACGGCGUUAACGGCAAGCACGCGGAGUGCGUGUGGGAGAUCAAAUGGGGACCCGACAUGCAGGAUGGUGAGAUAAAUUUCUUCUCCGUCUCGGCUGAUGGUAAAGUUUUCAACUGGGUGUUAAUGCAAAACAAGCUCGCAAUUACAACGAUUAUCACGCUAUUUCUCGAGCUGGAUCAAGUCAGCGGACCAGAUGGUAGUGCGCUGCGGUUGAAAGGUAGCGGUACUUGCAUGGUAUUCCAUCCUCAUAAUCCGGAAAUUUUCCUCGUCGGUACGGAGGAGGGUUACGUUUUUAAGUGCAGCACUGCAUACAGCUCGAAAUAUCUGAUGACGUAUCAUGCGCAUUACCUGCCCGUUCACCGGAUGGAUUAUAACAAGUUCAAUUCGAACAUUUUCGCUUCCUGUAGCGGUGAUUGGCGUGUGAAGAUUUGGGAGGACAUGAGACCUGAACCCCUGUUCAUAUUCGAUUUAGGUUCGUCGGUGGGCGACGUCAAAUGGGCACCGUACUCGAGCACCGUCUUUGCCGCGGUUACAACCGAGGGCAAGGUGUUUGUGUUUGAUCUGAACGUGAACAAGUACAAAGCCAUCUGCACCCAGGCGAUCGUUUCGAAGCGUAAGAACAAGCUUACCCGGCUCGCGUUCAACCAGAAGCUGCCGUUUAUCAUUGUCGGGGACGAUAAAGGUACGACGAUAACGCUAAAGCUUUCGCCUAACCUGCGCAUCAAGACCAAAAUGGGCAAAAAGGCUGGCGUCGUUGAUCCACAGCUGCUCGAAAGCCAGAAGCUGGAUCGGCUUCUAUCGCUUGUCCGCGAGCUACCAGAAGGAGAAAUGGUGAAGGAAACCGUUUCGACCGUCGCAUCGAACUGAGCAUCACAGCGAACCACCUUCGCUAUCACUCAUGGCCCACCUACCUUUUGGUACCAGAAAAUUCCCGGCACGGCAAAUCGAUUCUUUGUAGUGUGUGUCCGUUGUUUUUAUUGUUAUUUCGGAUCAAGCAAUGUUGUUUUUCAUUUGAGAAUUGAGUUCUAAAUAAAAGAAAAAUUAUUUUUUGGUGGAUAACAUACCGUUGAAGUCAGUACACGGAAGCGUUUAGUUAGGGUGAUGGGUGUUCGUUUUUAUUUAGCUUACAUUCUUCAACAGGUUUACAAUGUAAAAGUUUUGCUUUAAGGUUCAGGUUUUAGCAAGACAAAUGCAAGCGUGGACCACAGCGCGUAACAGUUGUAAUGAGCUGGUGGAAGUUUAAUAGAAGGAUCUUUUAUUUCUUUUUAACAGUUUUAACGUGUACACAGGUAUUUGUUUAUGCAUUUGUUAUGCUAGAUUCGAGAUAGAGGGAAGUGUUUAAUAUGUGUUUUUCUCUUCAUUUUUUAUAUCUAUUUCCUGUUUGCAGAUAGGAGGAUAUUUAGUUCUUUUGUUUUAUGUUUCAUUUUAUAACAAAAUAUAUUUGUUCUAUAAUAAAAUAGAAACUGAAUCGAA